AUGAUCGUAACAACAUUAUUUAUCAGUUUUUUAACUAUUACGUUGUUUAUUCAACCGAUUGUUCCAUUUUACAUUCCCGGUGUUGCUCCACUUGAUUUUACAAAAGGUGAAAAUGUUGAAGUUAAAGCUGUUAAAAUGACUAGCACAAAAACUCAGUUACCGUAUGAUUAUUACGAUAUAGCUAUUCAUUGUAAACCGUCAAACGGUACAAUAUAUAAAUCAGAAAACCUUGGCGAAAUUCUUCGUGGUGAUCGUAUUGUUAAUACAAAAUUCAAAGUUGGUAUGGAUACAAAUGUUCAGUGUCAAACACUUUGUAAAGAUGUCAAUUUAACACCAGAACAAAGUAAAACACUUGGAAAACGUAUUCGAAAUAACUAUUAUGUUCAUCUUCUUAUUGAUAAUCUUCCAUGUGCAACGAAAUUUCAAAAUGUUGAUACACAUGAAAUAUUUUAUGAACAUGGUUAUCGUUUAGGAAUUUAUACAAAAGAACCUGAAACAAUGUAUUUAAAUAAUCAUUUAAUUAUGAGAUUACAUUAUCAUAAAGAAUCUGAAGAUUUAUAUCGUGUUGUUGGUUUUGAAGUUGAACCAAAAAGUAUUGAUUCAAAACGUAUUAAAGUUGAAGAUGAUGAUACAUGUACAAUUCAAGCUGGUCAAGAUAUGCAAAAACUGAAUCCUAAAGAAAAAAAUAAAAUAAUAAUGACUUAUGAAGUUGAAUGGGCACCCAGUGAAACACGUUGGGCAAGUCGUUGGGAUACGUAUUUGGCAAUGACCGAUGUUCAAAUUCAUUGGUUUUCAAUAAUAAAUUCUGUUAUUGUUGUCUUUUUUCUUGCUGGUAUACUUUCAAUGAUUAUUGUUAAAACACUUCGUCGAGAUAUUGCACGAUACAAUCAAGAAGAAACAGUUAGAGUACAUGGUGAUGUAUUUCGACCACCACAUCGUAAGAAUGUUCUUGCAGCUUUAAUUGGUUCAGGUGUUCAACUUUUUCUCAUGUCAUUUAUUGUUAUUGUAUUUGCUGCACUUGGAAUGCUUUCACCAUCAUCACGUGGUGCCUUAAUUAGUGCUGCUUGUUUUCUUUAUGUAUUUAUGGGUCUAAUUGCUGGCUUUUAUUCUGGUCGAAUAUAUAAAACAAUAAAAGGUUCAAAUUGGAAACAAACAGCAGGAUUAACUGCAACACUGUAUCCAUCCGUGGUUUGUGGUGUUUGUCUUAUUUUAAACUUUUUUAUUUGGGGAAAACGUUCAUCGGGUGCUGUUCCAUUUUCAACAAUGCUUGCUAUAUUAACUAUGUGGUUAGGAAUUUCAUUUCCACUUGUUUGUCUUGGCUUUUAUUUUGGUUAUCGUAAGCAUCCAUAUGAUCAUCCAGUUCGAACGAAUCAAAUUCCACGGCAAGUACCAGAACAACAAUGGUUUAUGCAUCCUGUUUUAAGUACUUUAAUUGCUGGUGUACUCCCAUUCGGAGCUAUGUUUAUUGAAUUAUUUUUUAUUUUUUCGGCUAUCUGGGAAAAUCAAUAUUAUUAUUUAUUCGGUUUUCUUUUUCUUGUAUUUAUUAUUAUCAUUAUUUCUUGUUCACAAAUCUCGAUUGUUAUAACUUAUUUUCAAUUAUGCGGCGAAGAUUAUCAUUGGUGGUGGAGAUCAUUUAUUGCAUCUGGAGGUUCAGCAUUUUAUGUAUUUGCUUAUUCAAUCUUUUAUUUCUUUUCCAAACUCGAUAUAACCGAAUUUGUUCCAUUAAUGCUUUAUUUUGGUUAUACAUUAUUGAUCUGUUUUACAUUUUGGAUCCUUACUGGUACAAUCGGCUUUAUUGCAUCAUACAUCUUUGUUAGGAAAAUUUAUGCUGCUGUGAAAAUUGAUUAA